AUGGCAUCCAAACACCUUCCCCUAUGCCAGGAUGUUGUCGCACAAGAGGAACUCCGCAAGUUCAAAGAAGAGGCCAAAAAGCAGGACGAAAUACAUUCCAAACUCGCAAAAACGAUCAUCAACGACAUCGUUCAAUCUACGUUCGAUGAACUUGCAAAAGGCGAACACGAUGGCCCGUACUGGGAUUUUCUUGCCCGCUCACAAAACGAACUUGUGGAAUCUGCGGAGAAAUUGACUGUCAGGCUUACAUUUGCUGAUGUGCAAGUGGAUCAAGUUCAGAGAUGGUUUCAGCUCACGCUUGAGAAGUUGUCAGCCCCUCGGGAUUGGCAAGGUCCCCAUGAGGAAGUCCAGAUACCACAAUGCGCAGCUAUGAUCGAUAGAGGCAUGGCCCGAGCAGAGACGAUGAACGAAGCUGCAGUACGCUGCCGUUUGAAUAUCGUUCUGUUUUCAGCCCUUGAUAUUGUGAUGCAAACGCCGUUAGAUGGCCGCUGGCCUCUUAAUCUCCAAACUGAGACCCCCCUCGUUUCGAGACCUUUCCGUUUUCGUGGCAAAUCACACCAGACGCAUGGUAUCUGUGACUAUACCCUCUGGUACGGGGACCAGUCUAUCUCAAAGGCGAUCAAUCUAAUAAUCGUGGAGGCUAAAAAGAAGGGCUCUUGUGACUCAGGAAUAGCCCAAUGCCUAGGCUACAUGGGAACGGAAGGCAAGCCGACCGUGCCGCAGUACUACCGUGUACGGGGUGGCAACAGAUAG